AUGUCCAAGCACACCUACCUCUCCUCGGCCUCUGCGUCGGUGACCCGCCGGGGUUCAUUGGCCGGCUCCGCAAGAUCAGUGUCAAUCGUGAAGCUCCAGGAGCCAGAGUUGGUGCUGAAAGGAGCCAUCAAGCCUCUGAAGGCGCUCAUGCCUGCCAGGCACGCCACCGGCUGCUACUCUGCCCGAUUUUCUCCAAAGGGAGACGUUCUCGCAGGAGGAUUUGGCAACGGGGCCGUCCUGCUGUAUGAGAAGGACGACGAGGGCCUGUACACGAGGCAGAGCACGUUGCGCAAAGGCUCGCGCUACGCGGAUGACACGGUCAUGGCUGUACGCUUCCAUCCCAAGGAGACGCAGUACCUCUACUCGUGUGCGGUGGUUGGCACGGUAUUCAAGCAUAAUCUGGCAGGUGGCGCGGACGAGAAGUGCACGAAGUUCUGUGACGAGAACAACAACCGGAUCAACGCCAUCGACUUAAACAUGACCGGUGAAUUUCUGGCCUCCGGAGGAAAGGACCUCAAUAUUCGUAUAUACGACACCAAAACACAGGAGCUUAAGCAGGAGUACACUGGCUUCCACAUACACAGCGUCGACAAGGACUCAGGAGGGCACGCGCUCAGCGUGUACUGCAUCAAGUUCCACCCGGACCAACGGGAGGUCCUCCUCACUGGCGGCUGGGACGACACCAUCAAGAUAUGGGACAUGCGGACGGAGCCGGGGCUGGUCGGCUCGCUGGGAGGGCCUCACAUCUGCGGCGAGGCCAUCGACAUCAGGGGAGAGACGGUGGUGAGCGGUUCGUGGCAGGCGGAGCAAGCCAUCCAACUGUGGGACCUACGCGAACGGCGACCCAUCAAGUCUCUCGGCACCUCACACGACACCAAGCUGCAGGGGGAUAACCUGUACUCGGUCCAGUUCGCCCGCACCGAUCCGGACGGCAACCACGUGAUCGCGGCUGGUUCGGGCACCAACAGCUUCCAGUACAUCAACCACCGCACCGAGAAGGUGCUCGGUACUGGCACCACGGAGAAGCCAUUCCACACCGUAGACAGCUACGGCCGGACCCUGGUGGCGGCCGGCGGCGACGGCUGGAUACGCUUGCUGCACGUGCCACGGCACCAGCACACCUGAAGCUGCAGACUUUGACACAAAUGAGGCUGUAUCUGCCACGACACGAGCGUAUUCGAGGCCGCACGUGUCAUGACACCCACACACCUGAUACGUAUGUGCCACAAGACCAACAUGCCUGAUGCCCCGUGCCACGAGACCAACACGCCUGAUGCCCCGUGCUACAAGACCAACACGCCUGGUACCCCGUGCUACAAGACCAGCACGCCUGGUGCCCCGUGCCACCGCACCGACACACACCUCGCGUCAGAGAUGGAGGUGGAGCAGCGGCGCCGGGUUCGAAUCCCUCAC